AUGUCGUUCUGGAGGGAGGCUUGUCAGCAACUGCGUCAUGCAGUACCAAAACCUGCGAAGGGGGAUCGCAUGUGGCUGCCAUAUUCCAGGAGAUUCAUCAGCAGUUCUACACAAAUGAUGCGAGUUCAGCCGUAUGGCAGGAGAAUUGCGCAGAUUGGAGGUGGUCAGAGGACAUUCAACUCCCCGCGGCGAAGCUUCUCAGUGACUGCGGGAGUGCAGCACGGCCAUAUUACACCCCCCAAGCCUGGCGAGGAGCUUCAUGUGUCAUUCAUCGAUAAAGACGGACAGAAAUACGACUUCGAGGUAUCUGAGGGAGACAACCUGCUGGACAUUGCGCAGGCCAACGAUUUGGAAAUGGAAGGUGCUUGCGGAGGGUCUUGCGCUUGCUCGACCUGCCAUGUCAUUGUUGAGGACCCGGAGGUGUUCGACAAGAUGGAGGAGCCGUCCGAUGAUGAAAACGAUAUGCUGGACUUGGCGUUUGGAUUAACGGAGACAUCACGUCUGGGAUGUCAGGUGGUGAUGAACAAGGAUCUCGACGGACUUGUUGUCCGACUACCUUCCAUGACACGGAAUCUGCAGGCCAGCGAUUUUGCGCAGAAGAAUUGA